AUGACAGACAACUCUAGACCGUACGUCUGCUCGUUCUGUGACCGAGGCUUCCGCAAGAGCGAGCAUCUUCAACGGCACAGGCGCACCCACACCAAGGAAAAGCCAUACAAAUGUGAAUGCGGGCAGGCUUUUGCAAGACAGGAUCUCCUGCGUCGCCACGAGCGCGUGUCUCAUCGGCACCUUGACGAUGCCUUGAGCGGAGCAUGCGGCACAACUCGCCUACCCAGACGCCCUUCUGGGUGUUCCUCGCCUGGAGACCCUGUCAGUUUGACGAGAUCAUCGCAAGAGCCGCUUGCAGAAACGUCUGCCAUUGGAGCCCCGUAUGACAAGAGUCCAGAUGCUGUCCCGAACACAGCUUCAGGAUCGUCACUAGACAGGGCCUUGCCGCUUCCUCCCGAGUAUCAGAACUUAGGUAGAUAA